UGCCCCCAAGAGCGGGAUCGCGCUUGUCCUGCCCGGCUUGCCGUCUUCGCAGCCAUGGCGGCCGCGUCGCUCCCCGCGUGGCUGUGCCUGCAGCCGGGGGCCAGGACCCUGCGUGCCUUCUCCACCGCAGUGUCUCCGACCACUCUCCCCAGGAAUGCAAGCCCGCGUACAGCAGAAAGAACAUCCAGGUUGGAAAGGCCACCAAGAAGAAAGGCACUACCUCCUAGGACAGAGAAAAUGGCUGUUGACCAGGACUGGCCUAGUGUCUACCCUGUUGCAGCACCAUUUAAGCCCUCUGCAGUACCUCUUCCUGUUCGAAUGGGUUACCCAGUAAAAAUGGGGGUGCCCAUGGCAAAGGAGGGAAAUCUAGAACUUUUAAAGAUCCCCAAUUUUUUGCAUUUGACUCCUGUAGCAAUUAAAAAGCAUUGUGAAGCUCUUAAAGAUUUCUGCACUGAGUGGCCAGCUGCACUAGACAGUGAUGAAAAAUGUGAGAAGCAUUUUCCAAUUGAAAUUGACACAGCUGAUUAUGUUUCAGCAGGACCAUCUGUUCGAAACCCCAAAGCACGAGUAGUAACCUUAAGGGUUAAACUUUCCAGUUUGAAUUUAGAUGAUCAUGCAAAGAAGAAACUUAUUAAACUUGUAGGAGAGCGAUACUGCAAGACCACAGAUGUGCUUACCAUCAAAACAGAUAGGUGCCCUUUAAAGAGGCAGAAUUAUGAUUAUGCAAUGUAUCUGCUAACAGUUUUAUACCAUGAGUCUUGGAAAACUGAGGACUGGGAGAAAAGUAAGACCGAAGAAGACAUGGAAGAGUACAUAUGGACAAAUAGCUCCUCAGAAAAAAAUAUCCUGGAAACACUUCUCCAAAUUAAAGCCACAGAGAAAAACCUGGAAGUCACUAAAGAAGAGCUCCUUGGCACUAAAGAGAUUGAAGAUUACAAAAAGUGCGUUGUUAGUCUUAAGAAUGAAGGGGACAGUGAAAAUACUCUUUCUCAGUACAAAGAUUCAGUGAAGAGACUAUUAAAUUUGACGUGAAUUAUGUAGAAAAAUAUGCUUGGUUUAUUUUAUGAUCUAUAUGUAAUUAUGUAAUUUGAUAUAAAGUUGAAAAUGUUAAAAAAUAUUGUUUUAAAAAAUA